AUGUACGGGACCGCGGAUGAAGACGGCUAUAUACUACUUUGUGUUUUCCUCAACGAGGAAAAUGAUACCACUGCAGAUCCCGUGAAGGCGCAAGUCGUGUUUAGCUUCGUUGACGAGACCUACGAGCAAGAGCUGGCACAUAUCCAUGGUAGGAAAAUAUUAGAGCUACGAGGCCAACACACUCAUGCGAUUAAGUACAUCAAGAGAGCAGUCUUGGACAAACAUCUCAAGAACGACAGUCUCACCAUCCGGUGCGACGUCGUAGUCCUAAAUCCAACAUGCGACACCGCGUUCAUCAAGGUGCCUCUGUCUGACAUGCAACAGAACUUCACCGAAUUUCUCCUGGCAGGGGAGGGCACCGACGUGGUCUUCCAGGUGGGUGGUGAGACCUUCGCUGCCCAUCGCCGUGUUCUCGCGGCCCGGUCUAUGGUCUUUAGAGCAGCUCUCUUUGGGCCCAUGAAGGAAGGCACAUCGACGGACACCACCGUGCAGAUAGAGGACAUGGACGCUAUGGUGUUCAACGCGAUGCUUGGGUUCAUCUACAGUGACUCAUUUCAUGCGUUGGUGGCGGAUGAAAACGAGGUCGACCUGCUGCAGCACCUGCUCGUUGUGACGGACAUGUACAACCUCACAAGACUCCAGGCAAUGUGCGAGAGGAAGCUGUGCGAGCACAUCGAAGUGGGUACGGCGACCACCAUCCUAGUGCUCGCCGAGCAGCACGGCUGCAAUGGGCUGAGGAAGGCGUGCUACAAAUUCCUCCAGCGUCCGGACAACCUGAGGGCAGUGGUUGACAUGGACGGCUUUGAUCAGUUGUGCAGGAGCUGCCCCUCUCUUAUGAAAGACAUGAUCCUUGGCCUGCUACCCCCAAAGUAG